AUGCCCAAAAACUCAGCCGGCACCAUGAAGAAGAGCAAAAUUCAAGACACCCGCAAAGCUGCCCCGGUCUCUCCGCACACCGCCAAGCCCCCGCGCGGCAACCAAGCCAAGGUCGUUGCGCCUCUAUCAGGGACCCCUCCGGGCCAAAAACGCCCAGCCCCUCCUCACGAUGACGGCCCCCGCAAGAAAAAAACCAAGCCCGCCCAGGACGGCCCCAGUUCGAACAGCACGCAGGGUGACGACACCACGCCGCGUGACAGCGACACACUGGAUGAUAAACUCGGGGCUGUGAAGACAAGGAUUAGAUCCGACUAG